UCUUUGAACAGUUGUGAACAUACAACAGCUGAUAUUUUGAGUUUUGACUUUUAAAAAUAAUAAUGCAAUAGGUACUAUGUUUAUGUAUCCAUUUUUGUUGAUGAAUAUUCAUUGUUGGUUGCAACAGCGUGCAUUUUGCAGAUGCGGUCUAUCCUCUGGGCAAACCCAAUAAAAGGUUAAAAUUGUAAAUAAUUGUGCAAGUUUGUGGUGUACAAAACUACGAACGAGAAUAAUCAUGUCUAUUCAGUGGACUUUUAUAGCCGGCUAUGUUUAUUUCGAAGUUGCUGUUAUUAUUUUAAUGAUAUUACCUUUAUUUAGCCCCAGAAAAUGGCAUGCCUUCUUUCGCUCACGCCUCUGUUCUGUUUUUAAAGAAAAAGCCAUUUAUUUUUAUGUACUUCUCGGAGUUUUGGGAUUAUUUCUCAUAGAUGCUAUUAAAGAGAUGCGGAAAUAUUCAAGCCACGAGAGUGCACACUUGGCAAGUGAAAUGAAAAAUCAUGUAAAACUUUUCCGUGCUCAAAGAAACUUUUAUCUUACUGGCUUUGCAAUAUUUCUUUCAUUUGUUAUUCGACGACUGAUUUCUAUGCUCAUUAUACAACAUGAAUUGGAAUUAAAAGCAGAUGAGAUAAUUAAAAAGGCUGAAGAUACUGUAAAGAUGGCUAAAACAACAGUUUUAGCAAACACAUUUCAGAACUCUGAAGAUAUUGAGAUCAGGAACAAGUUAGACCUUGCUGAAAAAUUGGUACAAGAACAGAAGCUAAGAAUUAAUGAACUAGAGCAGGAAGCUUCUAUGUGGCGGGUAAAAUAUGAAGAAGUUAAGUGUAAUUUGAAUGCUAAGGGUGAUGAUUAACAUAACAACAGUCAUUUCAUUUAAUAUAGUUAAAUAUGUAUAAACAUUAUUUGAUCUUUGGUUUGAUUCUUGGUAAUAUCAUACAAAUUGACACUUCUAGUCAUCCUGAAUUAUUUUAUGGUAACUAACUAAAAUUUUGUGUAGUUUGUAUGUAUAUAUAUUGUACUUAAUUUAUAGAACAAACAAUGUAUAUUAAACAAUCAUAUUUAUAUCUUUAUCCUUUUUUAAAUUUUAUUAAAAUUUUAUAUAUUAA